AUGGGGAAAUCAUCAAAAGACAAGCGAGACGCCUACUACCGUUUGGCAAAAGAGCAAGGAUGGAGAGCGCGCUCAGCUUUCAAGCUGCUCCAGCUCGACGAAGAAUUCAACCUGUUCGAAGGCGUCACUCGUGUCGUUGAUCUGUGCGCUGCUCCUGGAAGCUGGUCCCAAGUGCUUUCCAGAAUUCUCAUCCAAGGUGAAAGAAUCGGUCGAGCUGCUUGGGAAGACAAGAGAUACAAAGCUUUACUCAAGUAUCACGAAGAAAACGGAGGUCCAAAUGAGCCACUGGAGGCGCCGGUAACGUCUCCAAGGACGGAUGUCAAGAUCGUGGCCAUCGAUCUACAGCCCAUGUCGCCCCUGGAGGGCAUUGUGUGCUUGAAAGCCGACAUCACACAUCCAUCGACCAUACCCCUCUUGCUCAAGGCUCUCGAUCCCGGCUACGACCCAAAGACAUCUCCGACUGAAGCCUCACAGCCCGUCGAUCUUGUCAUAUCAGAUGGUGCCCCCGAUGUCACAGGUUUGCACGAUCUCGAUAUCUACGUACAAUCACAACUCCUCUGGGCUGCUCUGAACCUGGCACUUUGCGUACUAAAGCCAGGCGGAAAAUUCAUUGCAAAGACAUUUCGCGGAAAAGAUAACGAUAACAUCUUGUAUGCACAGCUCAAGACCGUUUUCGAAGGCGUCACGGUUGCGAAGCCGAGGAGUAGCCGAGCAAGCAGUGUUGAGGCCUUCAUCGUAUGUACGAACUUCAGACCUCCGGAGGGAUUCAAGGCUAGUCUUGACAACCCUCUUGGGACCACCCGACAGCUGGAGCCUUACGGAGAGUCGAUAGAGAAGGCUGCGAGAGGAGUACGAGUCAAGCGUGAGGAUGGAGUCACGGAGUUGCAUAUGGACACUCAAGGAGAUUCUGGGCAAGGGACGAGAUGGAUCGCACCUUUCCUAGCUUGUGGAGAUUUGAGUGCUUUUGAUGCAGACGCGAGCCACAAGUUACCUGAGGGACAUGUCAGCUUGGAUCCCGUUCAGCCCCCAACUGCACCUCCCUACCGUGCUGCACUGGAAGAGAGGAAGAAAAUGGGCGGCGCGUAUGGAAAGACCAAGCUCGGCGGCACUUGA